AUGGUUUGGGCCCCUCCUUCUGAUCGCUUUCCGGAAGGAGCAAUUGUUUCUGGUGGCAUGGAUACACUAGUAUUGCUGUGGAAUUUGCAUACAGGAGAAGUUGUUGGAACAAUGAAGGGUCACACCUCACAGGUGACUGGUCUUGCUAUCGAUGACAAUGGUGACAUUAUAUCUUCAUCGAUGGAUUGUACUUUGAGAAGGUGGAGAGAUGGCAAUGCUGUAGAGAUCUUGGUGGCCCAUGAAGCCGCAGUGCAAACUGUUCUUAAGCUGCCCUCGGGAGAACUAUUUACGGGUUCAAGUGAUUCCACCAUCAAACUUUGGAAAGGAAGGAUUUGUCUACAUACAUUCUCUGGGCAUGCAGACACUGUUUGUUGUUUAGCACAGAUGCCAGGAAUGGGUAUACUCUCUGCAUCACAUGAUGGAACUAUAAAGUUAUGGGCAUUAACUGGCCAACCCCUGUUGGAGAUGAUUGGCCAUACCUCUCUUGUAUAUUCUGUGGAUGCUCAUUCAUCUGGUCUUAUUGCUAGUGGCAGUCGAGAUCGCUCGGUCAAGAUAUGGAAAGAUGGAAUCUGUGUUCAGAGCAUUGAACACCCAGGCCGUAUAUGGGAUGCUAAAUUUUUGGAUAAUGGCGAUGUUGUAACUGCAUGUUGUGAUGGAAUUGUGAGGAUAUGGACAACUGGCAAUAAUAGGCCCUGCCGUGAUGAGGAACUUGCAGCAUAUAGAAAGACUGUUGGUGGACUGAAGCUGAUGGAUCCAUCAGGAGCUGCGGGAAUGACACAACAAGGUCAUAAAUCUCAUUUUUCUGAUACGGUACACGUGUAUUGUGUUGAUUCCAUGAUGCUCCAACUAUUUGUAGUGAAUUUUGCAGGUCAGCUUAUUAUGGAGCUGAAAAUUAAAAUCGGAUUGAAGAUGCACUAUUGCACACUGAAAUAA